AUGGACUCCAUAGCCUUCGCCAAUACCAAGUUCGUCCCAACCAUGGAGGCUUCAUCACUUUACGAUUUCCUUCCUCUAACUUUCCUCCUCCUCCUCCUCCUCCUCCUCCUCACUCUGCAACUCUUCUCUUCAUGGUUAAACCAACCCAAGAACCUCCCGCCAUCCCCGCCUUCCGUCCCCAUCCUUGGCCACCUCCACCUCCUGAAACACCCCCUUCACCGUACACUCCACUCCCUCUCCCAGUCAUACGGCCCCGUCUUCUCUCUCCGCUUCGGCUCCCGCCGAGUGGUUGUCAUCUCGUCGGCAGAGGCCGCGGAAGAAUGCUGGUCUAAGAACGACAUCGUGCUUGCCAACCGGCCCUCGACCAUCGCUGGCAAGCACAUUGGGUACGACAGCACGCUCGUUGUCUUUGCCUCAUACGGCGACCACUGGCGCAAUCUCCGCCGCGUUUUCACCCUCGAGAUCUUUUCCUCCACCCGUCUCAACUCCUUCUUGCCCGUUCGAAGGGACGAAAUCAAGCGGCUCCUGCUUAAUCUGAACAAAAGGGCCUCAUCAUCUGGCGACGACUUCGCUAAGGUGGAGCUAAAAUCGAUGUUCUCGGAUAUGAUAUACAAUGUCAUUGUGAGGAUGUUGACUGGGAAGAGGUACUAUGGGGAGGAUGUGACGAAUGCCGAGGAGGCGAUGGUGUUCCGUGAGAUCAUGUCUGAAUUGGUGGAGUAUGCUGUCAAUGUGUAUCCAGGGGAUUUCUUGAGUAUCUUGAGGUUGGUGUUUAGGAGCUAUGAGAAGAAAGUGGCUAGGAUGGGCAAGAGAUCGGACGAGCUGUUACAAAAUUUCAUUGAACAGCACAGAGGUAGUCUCAAGAUAGGAGGUGGCGGAGGGAGGGGGGACACCGUGCUGGAUCAUUUGCUCUCGUUGCAGGAGACGGAGCCCGAGUUUUACACUGAUGAGAUCAUCAAAGGCCUUAUAAUGGUCAACUUUGUAGCAGGCACCGACACUACUACUUCGACAAUGGAAAGGGCAAUGUCUCUUUUACUAAGUCAUCCGCAUUGUUUAAAAAGAGCUGCCGAGGAGUUGGAUACUGUAAUUGGUCAAGAACGCUUGAUAGAGGAGGCAGACAUUCCAAAACUUCCUUUUCUCCAAAACAUUGUAACGGAAACUCUCCGUUUGAAACCACCGGCGCCACUUCUGGUUCCACACAUGUCAUCAAAGGAUUGCAUCAUAGGCGGUUAUAAUGUGCCCCGUCAAACCGUAGUAUUCUUCAAUGUAUGGAGCAUCCAAAGGGACCCGCAGGUGUGGGAGGAUCCGAAAAGUUUCAAACCCGAAAGAUUUGACAAUGGAGAGAACGGUCAAUGCAAGCUAGUGUCAUUCGGGCUUGGGAGGCGAGCCUGUCCCGGAGCAAACAUGGCCCUACGAGUGCUAAAUGUAGCUUUGGGAUCGUUGAUCCAGUGUUUUGAAUGGAAAAGAAUAAGCGAGGAAUCGGCGGAUGGGACCGAAGGAAAAGGAAUGACUAUGCCUAGGGCCGUGCCAUUGGAAGCCAUGUGCAAAGCCCGUGAAAUCAUGGCAAGGAUUACCAAGUGA